GCGCCGGGCAAAGCCUUCCGGUGGGGACAGGCGUCGCUGCGCUUGCGGGCCGGUGCAGCGCGGCGAGAAGGGCGCGAUGGCUCUGCCGGGUGGAAAUAAGGAUAAUAUCAGAGCUGGAUGCAAGAAGUGUGGCUACCCUGGUCAUCUGACAUUUGAAUGUCGAAACUUCCUCCGAGUAGAUCCCCAAAGAGAUAUUGUUUUGGAUGUUAGCAGCACUAGCAGCGAAGACAGCGAGGAAGAGGAACUACAGAGAUUACAAGCCAUGCGUGAAAAAAAGAAUUUAAAUGAAGAGGAAGAAAAAAAGAAACAAAAAAGGAAAAGCAAAGAGAAAACAAAAUUAAAAAGACCAAGGAAAAGAUCUUCCUCAUCAAGUUCAGCAGAAGAGGAUGAGCCAAAGUCAAAAAAACAAAAAUCACACAAAAAAGAAAAGGAAAAGGGUAAAAAGCAUAAAUCUAAGAAAGGAAAGCAUCAUAAAAAGGAGAAGAAGAAGAGACGAAAGGAAAAAAGUUCAUCUUCUAGCAGUUCGGACAGUUCAAGCAGUGACUGACAUGGUGGUCUAUUUUUCCUCUCGCUUUUGCAGAGAAGACAAUUUUCCUUUCAUAGCAAGUUUAUUUAUGCUUUGCAAUGCUGUUUUAAAAUGAGAUAUAUAUUUUUUUUGAGAAAUCUAUUGGCAUACAUCAGUGCAUCAAAUUAUUAGAUGGACCAUUUUAUGAAAAAAAUCUGCUUUUCUAUUUCAGGUUUAUUAAUACUAAACCAUGCAACUUCUUCACUCAUAUUUUUAGUUCAGUUGUGAUUGUGUUUGAAAUCCUUUACAGUAGGAUGUAAAGAAUGUAAAUUGCAGUUUGCAAGCCUUUGUGUAGAUAGAUACGGACUUAAAUAUGCAUAAUGUCAGAAUGGUGUGUUGUGGUGUGAUUUUGGUUACAUCAGAUUUGGAAAUUCAAGUGAGAUUUUCUAUUACCUUUUAAAUAAAUGUAUGUUUUACACAACAUUUUCUGCUUACAUACAUUAAUCAGUAAGAGCAAAUAUGAAUCAGUGUUCAGGGCCUGAGAGGGGAAAUGAGCAAUGAGAAGCUAAAAAAGAUUGAGCCUUCAAAAUUAUCUUCUAAAAUUGAUCUAGUCGUAGACUCUGAAACAUAAUUACACAUUCUUUUGGCAGGAUAAUUAUGAGCAAACUGAAAAUAAAUAGAAGCAAACAAAAGCUAUCAAUUUUUAAAGUCCUUUUUCCUUGGAUUUUGUUCUUUUACAGUUAUGGCCAUUUCAUCUUUGAUAUAGAUGUAAAGGUUUGGUUAUCAAAACAAGACUUCUAGUAUUAAACUUCAGCUAUUUCUUCAUUUAUGUCAAUUGUUAUUAGCUUUACUUUGCAUGAAUCAGACUUUUGAAGGCUAACCCUGGCAUAACUCCUGCUGUUGUAUAGACCCCAAGUAGUGAUUGUACCCUGCUAGUCUACAGCCUCCAAAGCUCUUGCAAUAUAAAGGUGAUGCCAGUACAAAAGAGUGCCAUUCCCUGUCAGCUUAUCUCAGAUACAGAAUGAAAUGUGUAUUUCCAGAAAGACAGACAAGAAUAAAGCAUGAGUAGUAUGUGGGGUGGGCAUGCCGAGUUCCUAGACUACUGAAGAGUCAGCAACCUGCCUUACAAUAAACUCUGAAAUGCAAAUCAGUCUCUGUCAAUACGCACCAGGAAACAAAAGCUGAUACUUGGUGUUUCCUUCAGUCAUCUAUCCCAGUAGUGGAAGCUAAAUGUGCACAUUGCCAAUUGAGCUGCUAAGCUGGGAAACAAACUGAGCUGUAAAAUGCACCAAGGCCUGGAAUAGCUGAAUUGAAACUGAAUGAAGCUCUUGUUUCACAAAUAUCCAAAGGAAAUACAUAUUCACGGUACAAAAAUUACAGCUUCAGCAUUCUCUGCAAUUUGUGAGACUCCAAGGAAAGCCUUUCAGUCUCUUUUCACAGUUUAGAGUACAUAAUUUCUUCAAUGUACUUAGAAUAAUUGAAAGUUUCUUUCAACACAAAUAAUGUUGUAUAACAGGUAUUACUCUAAUUUGAAUACAUAUCAGAUGAUACUCUUCCAUACUUAGUAGUUUUCAUGGUCUUUAGAGGCAUUUUAACAAUAUACUUGUUGUCUUCAUAAACUUCUGAAGUCUUUUGAUGCUAUUAGCAUCUUUUGCAAUGUGAGGAAAGUGGUGUGUACAUCACUGAUUGCAAUUUAAUAUUAGUUUCCUGUGUUGAUGCUGUUUGGGUUUUGCCUUUGUUUUUUUUUUCUUUUAUAUGUUCUCUGUAUUUUUCUCACAUGUAUUUGUAACUCUGUCACCUAUUGUCUUAGUAGCUAGUUUUCCCAGUACUUCUCCAUGGCCUUUCCAUAAGCAGAAAGACAAAAUGUAUUCCAGAGCUCCAAACCCCAGGAGGUACAAGGUACUAUCUUAGUUCUUCCUGGGAACCAAGAUUGAGAAAAACUCUUGAAGAUACAUUCUCAUGGACAAAGUAUCGCUAUGAAGUGGGGGCUCCAGAGAAGGGGCUUGACCUGGGAGGAAGACCAGGCUUGACCUGGGUUUGACCACUUGUGCUCCUAAUUGGUGCUUUUUAUCAAUUAUGCUAAUUUUCUAAAACUUCAAAAAAAGUAUUCGCCCCUGGGGGGUGAGGUGGGCUUUUGUGGACAUCUUUCCAUAACUGCUUCUGAAGGCCUUCAAUUGAAGAUCCCCCUUUAUAUUACCUCCUUACUAAAAUUAUCUCAAGUUUAAUUUAGAGGUUGGGCAAAAAGGCAAUGGUGCCACUACAAGCUCUACUACCAUUGAAAUUUGUAUGAAUAUUACUUUAAAGAUUUUGUCAUUUGUUAGUGUCAAUUUGUGUUGUUUACAGGACUCUUUCAUAAAUAUUUCUUGCAGUUUAGUCAAAUACUUCCUCUGUUGUAUUCUCUUCAAUGGUAUGUGUUGGUUAUUGUACACUCUGCAAGGAAGCAUAAAUGAUGGACAAACAAAAGUCUUAGCCAUAGGUACCUAAGAGGUAGAACAAAAGGAAAAAUAAAUUCUUUGCAAUGCAGUAUUAGCAUGCAGCUUUAUAAUUGGAAGGUUUUGGCUUAUUUUUCCUUUAAAAAAAUAAGUCAUAGUGAAGAAUCAUAACUCAGAAUGGCAACAACACAAUUAUGGAUAGAAAAAAUUGCAGCAUCUAGCUGUGAACUUGAAAUGGACUAAGUAAUAUUUACAGGGUUAUUCUUUAAGGAUAUGAAAGCUGCUGAGAUAAUGCAUAUUGAACUCUUUAUUUACUCGGUGCUUUUGUAGUUGACAACAGGAGAGAAUGUCAUAGCUGCAGGCCCCUCUAAAAAGUAUCACGAGUAAUGAAUUGGACAUGGUGGUUGUUAUCUGUUGCAUGUAACAAUCAGUUCUAGGAACUCCUGGGAUGUAUUUUUAGAAGAUCAUCUUUUGCAAUUCCUCCCAUCAUCUCUCCCCAGUCAAAAAAGGACACAAUAUCUGUCUAUGCAAAACAGAAUGUCACACAUCCCAAAUGUGUUCACUCAACUGAUGAUUCAGUUGUGCUCUGAAGUCUCCACAGUAGAGCCAGCAGUGAAGCUGUAAAAAGGUUUUACUGACAUUCUCACGUCUUGGGCAGCCAACCUAUCUUACCUUGAGCCAAUUGCUACACAUCACAGACUCUCUUGGGCAAACACACACUUGGUGCCUCUUACUACAACACCUUUGCCCCACAGCAGUAGCACCUGAGAAAGGCAUUAACAGAAAUCCUGAGAUGCAAAUCACAAUAAAUAAUAAUAAGGCUGAAUAGAGAAAAAUAUAUCAAAAACGCUUCUGUAGUAAAAAUGCCAGCAUAUUUACAUUGUUCACAAGAAAUUCUACUAUAACGAUCUAUGAAGAAGAAUUUAGGUGAUAAAGAAGAACACGAAAUGAGGUGGUGGUAGCAGAAAACAAUAAAGGUAGAAGAAUAAAGAAAUCAAAGAUAUUAGGGGAAAAAAAAGGAAAAAUUAUUUGAGAAAGAAGACCAGAACAGGUUUAUUUAGAAAAGCAAUGUUAGAGUUUAAAUAAUAGCAGUAAAGGGGGAAACUCUUUUCAGAGUAAAGGCUGUUUAGUAGAGUUCAUUUAAACUUCAGCAAGAUGUAUUCAGGAUGUGGUUUAGUUUUCUGUGUAAGCUAAAUAUUUUUCCCACUGAGAAAGUGUACUGUGAAGGAGGGAUAAUUCUUAUUUGUCUAUACUGUAUAUUUUCCUGAGGCUUUAAUCUAGUAUAAUAGUUUAUAAAAUAUCCUGAUACAUGGCAGAAUGUAAAAUAUCCUGAGAUAUUGCAGAAUUUUGACCAUCAGAGAAUUUUAACAAACAAUAAAGCUGACCUGCAAGAAA